AUGCAGCGCAAACACUGCUUGCCAACCCUGAGGGUGGCGGGCGAGAUAGGGCACGAACGGGCCGGCGCGCCGAUUGGACGUCGCCCCACCAAUGGGGUGCGCGCAACCCACCCCUCGCGCGGAGCACCGGCGAAAAUCCCGGCGGGCGUCGCGGGAUCGGUCGCGGGAUUAGGGAAUAAUCGUCGCAAAUCCCCCGCCACUCGAGCGCGCGCGUGCCUAACGCAAACAGCGCUCGGGUCAGCAAAUAGUACGGAGUCCGUUACGAGGUCAUUAACACAGACUGUGGGCAGAGAAUAU